UUAAAAACGUACUCUGUCGCUGUCCUCUUUUCAACGUACCAGUUCAUUUUGUAUUGAAAGCGAAGCGCGUCGCGUCGUCACGUCGGCCAGCCCAGAGCGGCAGAAGCAGCAGCGGCGGGUAGAAGAAGAGGAGACGACCGGAUAAUACUCUCCCUAUUUAUCCUUUUUAUUUCCUCUUCGCUGGACUUACUUGGUUUCUCGUUUGAAUCUGUCGGGUUUUAUCGGUACAGAGUCGUUACAUAAGGUAAAUAACGGACAGAGAUGAGACCCGGAUAGCGGCACUAAAACGCGCAUGUGCUGUCAGGCCGACUCUCACAGGCGGAAAACCUCCAUGUGUGUUAGCGCCAUCACGGUUUUUUAAUUUUAAAAAGAGGGUAAUUUAUUCCAGUAGCUUGUGGAGCUUCAUCCGAUGCUGUACCCCUCACUAUUGUGUGAUUUCACUGAACUAGGAGGCUAACGGUCGCGCCGCUGCCCUGCCGCUUGAUGAGCCGCGUGAGCGUUACGGGAUGAUGCGCAGAAGAAACCUCCACCUCCAGCAGACAUUCAGACGUUAAUGGCUCAUUAUACCCGUCAAAACCACCUUUAAUAACAAGGUUGUGUGAUAUAAAACACAGCCUCCUAGUGUGUGUGUGUUUGUGUGUGUGAAGCUACCGGGCCCUGUCACAAAACUGUCCUGCACGCGCAGAAUGGGCCCGUGUCUUAAUUUGGAAAACAAAGAAUUAGGCUGCUGAAGAAGAAGAGGAGGAGGAGGAGGAGGGAGGGUAAUCUGGGUAGAUAAGCUUAUUUUACCGUUUUUAAGGUGCUUAUAGCCACACAGUCUGGACUCUAACUGCUCCUUUCUGGCCUCCUCAUUUGGAGUAUUUCCCCUCCACGUUUUUUGUUCUUUCUCCGCACCGCCACACCAUGAGCGGUGACACCGGGGACUCCGGGCCGGUGGAAGUGGAGCCCAUGCCGGGAUACUUGUACCUCAUCAACCGGGCCUCCACCGUGAUGUUUGGCGCCUGGAGAGACUGUAGCUCCUGCGGGCUGGAGCUCUCCAAACGGACUCUCCUGGAUAACGCUUACAUUACCUUUACCGAAAUCGCCCUGUUCUUCUUUUGCGCCUUUUUGUGGACGCAGGUCAGGCGGGGACUGACAGAAAGUCUGUUUCAGCCUCUGGCUCGGUGGUGCCGGCUGCUGCCCAAAGAUGCUGCCAAGAUGCCGGAGAGCGCGUGGAAGCUGGUCUUCUACACCAUGUCCUGGUCCUACAGCACCUACCUGCUCUUCUUCACCUCCUACUCCUUCUUCCAUAACCCCCCCUCUGUCUUCUACAACUGGCAGAGUGGGAUGUCAGUGCCUGCAGACAUCGCCAUCGCCUACCUGAUCCAGGGCAGCUUCUACGGACACUCCAUCUACGCCACGGUCUACAUGGACGCCUGGAGGAAGGACUCUGCCGUCAUGGGUCAUCACAUCAUCACUCUGGCUCUCAUCUGCUUCUCCUACGCCUUCAGAUAUCACAACGUGGGGAUCCUGGUGUUGUUUCUGCACGACAUCAACGACAUCCAGCUGGAGUUCACCAAGCUCAACGUGUACCUGAAGUGCAGAGGGGGGGGGUACUUCCUGCUCAACGACUUGCUGUCCAACAUGGGCUCCGUCAGCUUCAGCAUCACCUGGUUCUGGUUCCGCCUGUACUGGUUCCCUCUCAAGGUCCUGUACGCCACCUGCGUGUCCAGCCUGCAGUCCGUGCCCAACAUCCCCUUCUACUUCUUCUUCAACACACUCCUGUUCACGCUGCUGCUCAUGAACAUCUACUGGUUCCUGUUCAUCGUGGUGUUCGUGGUGAAGGUGCUGAAGGUGAAGGAGGUGAACGACGUCAGAGAGUACGAGGAGGAGGAGGGCGGCCGCACGGCGCUCAGAGAAAAGAACAACAAGCAGGAUGAUGCUGGACAUCACAACGCUGCACCGGGGAAGCACGUGCAGAACGGGGUCACCAAAGAGAAGCAUCUAUAACAGCGCCCCCACAGGCGGCUCGCUGCACUGCAGACAGGAAGUGAGAUCAGGCUGCGAGGAGUUUCUACUCUUUUUAUUUGUUUAACAUUUCAUUUCAUCGCUGUCUGUUUUUAUUAGAGCACUGAAUGUUAUUCCAGCUGACUUUUUGUCCUAUUGUUGCUAACUUUUACAUUUGAUAGAUUCAGUAGAAACGUUGAAACGAGCGUCAGAAGAAGUGGGAAAAGUGUAUUUAAAAAAAACAAACGGAAAAUACUCGAGAUUCUUUUAGGGCUGUUUGCCGUCAGUGGAAUAAUGAAUCCUCCGUCCAUCUUCUCCUCCGUCCAUCUUCUCUGACGUGAAGAGGAAAGGCAAAACAAAUCCAGAUUCAAACGAGAAAUAUCACGUUUUCUCUCAGCUCCAUAUUUCACAUCUGCAGCAGUGAUGAAACCACACGUUUUGAUUUAACAUAUCAUCGCACAAGUCAGCGGUGGCGUCCAUUACUCUGAAUUAAAACGCCACAGUAGAGAGUGUGUGUGUGUGUGUGUGUGUGUGUGUGUGUGUGUGUGUGUGUGUGUGUGUGUGUGUGUGUGUGUGUGUGUGUGUGUGUGUGUGUGUGUGUGUGUGUGUGUGUGUGUGUGUUUCAGGAUGGAUGUAGCUGAUAAACUCUUUCACAACAUUUCACCUCUCAGUUCCUCUUAUCUCUUUUUGCUGACGAUCAACCGGGUUAGGAAGUAUU